GAUGUUUUUGUAGGUGCAGUGCAGGUAGUAGCAUAGGCUGCUAUUUGUCCGUGCGCAAAAACAGAUUCAGUUUGGGUGUAGAGAGGAGAACAGCUAGACAGAGUGGGGGGAUUGAUAAGAACAGCUAGACAGAGUGGGGGGAUUGAUAAGGAAUCUGAUCAUUAAGUCUCAUUAUAUUUACCACUCAACAAUUACUGGGGAAGCAAUCUGGAAUGGAAACUUCCCGUGUCCUGUUUCUGUGUGUCUCAGUACGUUGCCUAUUGCCAUUCGUAGCCGGCAUCUUCGUGCAAAAUUGCAUUACGUCACUACAUAAUUGUGGUGAAUUCUCUCGCCGCCCCGUUUCCUGCAUGGUGUAGUAGAGUAGAGAAGCAUCAUCAGCAUCAACAACAACAACACCGGGAAAUGCAGCUGCUGUAACGGAACUGGUCCCCCACCCACAGAUGGAGUGUGAGCGCGCCACCGCCACGUGACUUGGUUGGUUCGCAUCUGUAGUGUGGCGGAGAAUCUCACUCUGCAUCAUGGCUGCGGAAGAUGUAGCUGCCCGGUCCCGAACCGCCCCCCUCUUCCCCAGGGUACCCUUCUCCCCAGCCCGGCUGCUGUUCCUCUCUCUCCUCUCCCUCAUCCCCUCCCCGUCCCUCGCCCUGCUCGGCUUCCGUCCGGAGGAGACCGGGGGAGAGCUGUCCGUGGACGACGGGGUGCUGAAAGCCACAGAGGGAACCCGCUUCAUGCUGCGGGUCUACUACGCCUCAUCCCCACAGAGGCUCAACCGGACCGCUGGGGCCAGAGCCAACGCCGCUCCCUGGAUAGCAUUCAUCGAGGAGCCGAGGCCGGGGAGAGAGGGGCAGGUCCACCCGAAGCGGAAUAUGUGCAUGGAUAAAAACGCCAGGAGCUCGGAUAUUGAGAUCUUGGGCUCUUUCAAGUCCGCUUCGAGUCAGAACUCCGUGUUGGUGGAAGUAUUGGCUAAGAACCUGCGCAGGGGAGAGAAGAUGAAGUACUAUUCGAUUUGCGCCUUCGACGGGUCCAAAUGGGAACACUACCGGACCCGGGAUUUCUGGGUCGCCGUGGUGGAGCGCGGGGCCGAACCGGACCUCUGGCUUCAAGUGUUAGUAUCGGUUCUGUUACUGGCCCUCUCGGCGCUCUUCAGUGGCCUGAACCUCAGUCUGCUCGCGUUGGACCCGGUGGAACUCCAGGUUCUGCAGAACAGCGGCACGGACAAGGAGCAGAAAUACGCGAGGAAAAUCGAGUCCGUGCGGCGGCACGGUAACUACGUCCUGUGCACUUUGCUGCUGGGCAACGCGCUGAUCAACGCGGCGCUCGCAGUAUGGAUGUGUCAGAUCUUGGGGAUGACCUGGUUGUCCACCAUUAUCUGCGCGUUUGGGAUCUUUUUCAUUGGGGAGAUCCUGCCACACUCUGUUGCGUCGCGGCACGGCCUGGCCAUUGCGUCCAAAACCAUCUGGGUAACCCGUCUUCUCAUGGUUCUCUCCUUCCCCAUCUCCUACCCCAUCAGUAAACUCCUCGACUUCAUCCUCCACCAGGAGAUCAGUAACUUUUAUACGCGGGAAAAACUCCUUGAGAUGCUGCGCGUGACCGACCCGUACCACGACCUGGUUAAAGAGGAGCUCAACAUCAUACAGGGCGCGCUCGAGCUCCGGACCAAGACUGUAGAAGAUGUUCUGACUCCGCUAACCGACUGCUUCAUGCUCACCUCGGAAGCGGUGCUGGACUUCAACACCAUGUCGGAGAUUAUGCAGAGCGGCUACACGCGCAUCCCGGUGUUCGAAAACUUGCGGUCGAACAUUGUGGAUAUUCUGUUCGUGAAGGACUUGGCGUUCGUUGACCCGGAUGACUGUACCCAUCUGAAGACCAUAACACAGUUCUAUAAACACCCCAUGCACUGUGUGUUCAACGACACCAAACUGGACGCCAUGCUGGAGGAGUUCAAGAAGGGCAAGUCCCACCUGGCCAUCGUCCAGCGGGUCAACAACGAGGGUGAGGGUGACCCCUUUUAUGAGGUCAUGGGCAUCGUGACCCUGGAGGACGUUAUAGAGGAGAUCAUCAAGUCAGAGAUACUGGACGAGACUGACCUCUACACUGAUAACCGUUCUAAGCGUCGUGUUUCUCACCAUGAGAGGAAGCAGCAGGAUUUCUCCAUCUUUAAGCUGUCGGAGAACGAGAUGAAGGUGAAAAUCUCUCCCCAGCUCCUCCUCGCCACGCACCGCUUCCUCUCCACAGAGGUGGAGCCCUUCAAGCCAGCCCACCUAUCAGAGAAGAUCUUACUGCGUCUCAUUAAACACCCCAGUGUGGUCCAGGAGCUGAGCUUCGAUGACAAGAACAAACUGGCCCCACAGCACUUCCUGUUUCAGAGAAACAAACCUGUUGACUACUUCAUCCUGUUACUACAGGGUCGUGUGGAAGUGGAGUUUGGUAAAGAGGCUCUGAGGUUUGAGAACGGAGCGUUCGCCUACUAUGGGGUGCCUGCCAUCAUGCCCACAGUCCACAUCCCCUCCCGUAGCAGUGGUCUGGACCGGUCUGACUCUAUGCUGUAUGGGGGCAGUCUGGGCCAACUCAGGAGGGGGAGCGUCUACCUGCCUGACUACUCUGUUAGGCAGCUCACACACCUGCAGGUCAUUAAGAUCACCCGUAGCCACUACCAGAACGCCCUGACAGCCACUCUGAUGGACAGCUCCCCCCAGACCCCCGACACAGACGCCCGGCCCACAGACGGGAACACUCCCGACCUCCCUGUCCCAGAGCAGAGUGGAGACCACCUCCUACCCCCCAGAGAGACCCGGCCCAGCUCGGCCAGAACCAGAGGACAGCAGUCCUCCGUCCCACACAGCACCUCUCUGCUCAACGAGAAGAACCGCAUCGUCCGCAGUAAAUCAGACGGUCAGAACAGCCCCAGUGACUCCGUGUUCCUCAGGAUGGAUGAGAUCUCGUACAUCAGAGAGAGCACUCAGAGAGGGACGUCACCAACGCCUCUGUUGCUAUAGAAACGGACGCCCCCUCCUCUUUCAUCAGUACUCUGUCUCUGAGUGGAUCAGAGGACACACUGGGCAAGAAACUACUGCUCAAA